AUGUUUUCCCGCUCACUCGUUCAACGUGCUGCAUACACCACCUUCAAUAAACCCGGCCCUAUACCUCUUGGCAACAAGAAACAACAACAAGAAAUGCUUGACCUCAUUCGCAAAAAGCAAGAACAGGAUUUGAAAUCAGAAGGCGAACUCCAUGACGACGCUCUCAAACCUCCCAAACCUGAUUUCGAAGGCCACGUCAACCCAAAGACAGGCGAAGUAAACGGCCCAAAGAACGAGCCAUUGAAACAUGGUGAUUGGAGCUUCCAAGGACGGGUAACUGAUUUUUAG